UUCACUCGCAAGCACUAUUGUUGUCGGCUACCCUUCACUCUCUCUCUCUCUCUCCCCCUCUGUGUGUGUGUGCACAACAAGACACAUCACCCCAGCAGCAGCAACAACAACAUAAUAACAAUAGAUGCUUUCGUGUUUUUUUUAAAUCAAGCACAAUCCUACGAGCUUCGCAUUAGCGACGAGAAAGCGUGCGAGGAAAGUUGGUGCAAGUCUCUCAAAGUAAACAUAGUGUUUGUUUUUAUUUUAAACAAUUUUUGUUACUUUUUUUCGAGUCACAUUUAAAGGAGGGACAUUUGUGGAAGCAUGUAAAAAAUUUCCAUCGAACAAGGGGCGAAAGAUUCCGCCGCUGCACCAGCGUUGGCCAUCGCCCGUAAACACCGCGUGCUGGCACCACCAUCCGUGACCGGUCACGUGACCCAAACCUUGACUCACGCGGGGCACGGCCACGAUGGAGGGCUGAGCGCAGCGGGGAGCGAUGGCAGCGGAGAUGACCCUGAGCUGUUCAAGUUCUCCGAGCGGCCCUCUCGCCAUGCAGUACGUGAACGACUUUGACCUCUUGAAAUUCGAAGUCAAGAAGGAGCCAAUGGCGAACGUCGCCGACCUAUCGGGACCAGACUCCCCGCCCCGGAAUGGAGGGGGCUGCGGCGGUGGUGCUGGCGGUGGUGCUGGCGGUGGUGGCGGCGGUGGUGGUGGAAGUGGCUGCAUUCGCCUUGGCUCAAUCUCCUCGACGCCUUGCAGCUCCGUGCCCUCGUCACCCAGUCUCAGCCCGUCGACGGGCCUCAGAUCGCAUCAGUUGGAGGAGCUCUAUUGGAUGGGACCUGGCUAUGGACAGCAGCAGCAGCAGCAGCAUCAACAACAUCAGCAACCACCACAGCAGCAGCAGCAGCAUCAGCAUCUCAACGCGGACCCUCUGAGCCUCACGCCGGAGGAUGCUGUCGAGGCGCUCAUCAACAGUGGUCACCACGGGACACCUCUACAGGGAUUCGAUUACAGGGGCCUGCCUCCGAACCAUCAGCAGCAGCAACAACAUCAGCAGCAGCAGCAGCAACAUCACAGCGACCAUCAGCAGGCCCCCUAUCUCCACGGCCCCGAACUGGCUGAAGGACAUCACCACCAGCAACAACAGCAUCACCACCACCAUCACCCGCAACAGCAGCCGCAGCCGCAGCAGCAACAACAGCAGCAGCACUUGCAAGGUGCCCUUCCUCUAACUGCCCACCACCACCACCAUCACAGCAACCACCACCACCACAGCAGCAGCAGCAGCAGCAACCACCACCACCACCACCUGCGUGUCGACGACCGUUUCUCGGACGACCAGCUGGUCUCCAUGUCCGUGCGAGAGCUGAACCGCCAGCUCAGAGGCUUCAGCAAGGAGGAGGUCCUCCGACUCAAGCAGAAGCGCCGGACCCUCAAGAACCGCGGCUACGCUCAGUCGUGCCGCCACAAGCGCGUGCAGCAGCGCCACCUGCUGGAGAACGAGAAGACCGACCUGCAGCGCCAGGUGGACGCGCUGCGCAUGGAGCUGGCUCGACUCGCCCGGGAGAGGGACGCGUACAAGGCGAGGUGCGAGCGCCUGUCAGCUGCGGUCACCUCCGCAGCAGCUCCGGCCGCCGCUGCUGCUCAGUAUCAAGGAGACGAGAGGACGGGGAAAGCUUCCGACGCUUCCUCCGCUGCUGCUGCUGCUGUACCAGCGCCCUCGCCUUCAGGAUACUACGCGUGAGAGACAGAGACAGAGAGAGAGAGAGACACAGGGAGAGACAAAGGGGGACGAGAGAGACUCACCCACACACCCCGGUAGGGUAGGGUAAGAUGUGACUGCCUGCCCACCUGCCUGCCCACCUGCCUGGCUGCUCACUUCACACCCGAUGCUUCCUGGGUGGCCACUGUGUGGUUACUUCACCUGUCCGCACACACCCACCUACCUGCUUGCUCGCCUGCCCCGUGCUACUAACUGCCUACCUGCAUGCUCACCUCUAUAUCCGCAUGUCUAUCCGUCUACCUGCCUGCUUACCUGUUGUUUUUAUCUUUAGCUACCUACCCUGCCGUAUUACAUCCGCACCUGUAUAGCCACCGGUUUAUUCGCCUAUUUCUCGACCUACCUACCUCUCCUGCUGUGCGGCUACCUGUCUGCCGACCUACCUGCCAGCUUAAAUUCUUCCCUAGCUGUAUUACUCCCUGCACGCUCGCCUACUUUGCCCAUCCACUUAACCGCUCUCCAUCCCUUCUCACUCGUCCACCCACAUGCCUGGCGUUCCUAACUCGCUCACCUGCUUGCUUGCCUACUUACCUGCUCACCCAUCCACACAUCUGCCUGUCCACAUAGCUACCACCCUACCUGUCUGUCUGCCUGCCUGCCUGUUUGUCGUGUCCACAACUGUGCUACCUACGCCCGAUGCCCGGGCAUUGUAUCCGUGAACCACGUGUGUCUUGGUCUUUUCAUAACAGAGCAGCGUGCGCGCACCAUCGUGUUAGAAAUUGCUGGGGUUUUUUUUUAAUACCUUUUUUUUAUGAACUUGUCACGUGCGUUUGUGUGUAUUUUAUUUUAUUGUUUAAUGCUUAAGAAAUGCAAUGUUUACCAAACUGCCAGAUUAGUUGGUGACGGAUAACAACAAAAAAAGUGUACAUACGAUUCUUCAACCAGCGCACCCUAUUCAUGUCUUCUUGCCAUAUUAAUAUAUAUAUAUUUUUUAAAUUAAUACCACGAUUAUCGGAGUGCAGCAGUAAUACGUACAGUACCGUUGUGCAUUGCUGAGCUCUGCCCGACCAGCUCGUUACACGUUCGGCACGUUCAUGAAUUCGUGAGCAGGGCGCGGGAUCGUGCUGCGUGUGAAUUGCAGUCGCGUGUCUACACGAAAUGUUGAAACUUUUUUUUUUAGCUUUUAGCACCGUACGUAGCCAACCGCGCACCACCAACUAACAUUGUGGCCAAAUUAUUUUAGGCAACAGUAGCAGCACAAUAAGAUGGCCAUAUAAUAUAUAUAUACAUAUUACUCGUUUCACUCCCGUUAGAGAUCAUCAGGACUGUACAGCUCAGCCAUCAGUGUCUACUGUAAUCAUUAUGAUCAUCAGAGUCACCACGAUCAUUAAUCCAACGUUUGUCAAUCGCUACCACCACUAAUUCAUGAUUAUCACCAUCAGCUCAGGCUCUCCACUGCUGGAUGAAAGUCCUCCCCAAGGCUGCGUGGCAAUAUAAUAAUAAUAACCACUGUCUGGUACACAACUUAAGUUUCAUCAUCAGCAGCAGUGGCCAGCCAUGAUCAAUCCACUGCUGGAUGAAGGUAUGUCCAUAGCCGUCCCCAUCCCUCGCGAUCUUGCCAAGGGAGAGUUUAGCGUGUGGCGGUGCCGGCAGUGGUGGUAGUUGCGAGUGUCAUAACGGUGCAACUGGAAUCGCGUGUGUGGGCUUGCAGACAAACGUCUCUGUCUGGCGGGUUAAUUAUCGUAUCACACACAGAGAGAGAGAGACUGUGUGGUGAGAGAGAGAAUUGGUGCAUCAGCCUACAGAGUGUGCGCGGUGACUUGGUGCAUAAACAACUCUCUUGCUAAACAGCACGAGCGGGAAAGAAACGCAUGACAGGCGGCGGUUUACAAAGCACAUGUCCUCGAGUAAAUUACACGAUCUCGCAGGAGUAGCACGCGUAUUAUACAAGCACGUUGGCGAGAUGUUAACUACCUCGCCUGGUAUGCAGGAGGUCUUGGGUUCGAUCCCGACCCUGACGAUGCCUGCUGUGUAUUUGGAGUUUGCGGUGU